AUGGAGAAGACAAGGGGCACACUUGUGUUUUAUGUGAAUCAACGAAAGAUCGUGGAAAAUCGGCCUGAUCCAACAACGACAUUGUUGCAGUAUCUCCGACGGAAUUUAAAACUGACAGGAACAAAAAACGCAUGCAAUCAGGGAGGAUGUGGAUCGUGUACAGUGAUGCUGUCGUGGUGGGAGAAAGCAGAACAAAAGAUCAAGCAUGCAAAUGUAAAUGCUUGUCUUAUGCUGGUAUGUCAUCUCCAUGGUUAUGCAAUUACGACGGUGGAAGGGUUAGGAAGUACGCGACAAGGACUUAGUAGGAUACAGGCCAGUUUGAUAGAAUCGUUCGGUCUCCAAUGUGGUUUUUGUUCACCGGGUAUGGUGAUGACAAUGCAUACCUUACUACAACAGAACAUACAGCCGUCUCCGGAAGCGCUGGAAAUGGCACUCGAAGGGAACCUCUGUCGUUGUACUGGGUAUAGACCAAUCGUUGAUGCUUUCCAAAAAUUUUGCAAAAAGGAUUGCGGGAAAAGUAGCUAUUGUGGUGUAGGAGACAUCGAAGACCUCUGUCACUGUACCAUUAUUGAUGGUGGUAAGCAUGAGAAUACUGGUGAAGACAAAUCAAACGACACAUUACGGUUUCCGAAAGAACUUAAGAACCUGGACACAGAGACACUUGUAUUCCAAAAUAACGACUGGUGCUGGCUGAGACCUGUGACUAUAAAGGAGGCGCUGAGUCUAAUGGACAAGGAGCCAAAUAGCCACAUCGUGAUGGGAGGCACACAUCUUGUUGAGAAACUGAAAUCACGGACAAUCACGAAAGGAACAUUGAUUUCUUGUAAAAAUAUCCAAGAAAUGACAAUAUUUGAACGGAACGAAUAUGGCAUUGAAAUGGGAGCAGGUCUUACACUGUCCAGUGUCGCUGAACGUUUGCAGGCGUGCUAUCUCUCCUUGGAUAAUGGACAAGGUCAUGUGGUGACAGCGAUGCUGGAAAGUCUGCGAUGGCUAGCAUGUCAGCAGAUUAGGAACCAUGCGACUCUUGGGGGCCACGUGAUGAUUUCUGAUCCUCGAUGCGAUUUAUGUGUUGUAUUAAUGGCUGCAAGGGCGAGAGCCGUGGUGAUUUCUAAAUACGGACGGAGGGAAGUAGAAAUGGACAACAAUUUUUUUGUCAGUAAUGGAAAAACAUCACUUGCUCCAAUAGAAAUGUUGGUAUCGGUAAAGGUGUCCUUUUAUCCCAAGGAUACAUACAUAUCGUACUACAAGCAGGCCAGUAGAAAAGGUUUCGACUACGCCCUAUUAAAUGGAUGUUUCUCUGCCAGCCUAGAUAGUCGCGGUGCCUUCAGAAGUCUUGAUCUUUGUUUCGGAAGUGUUCUCAAAACAACUACAAAGUUGGCCAAAUGUUCAACAUUAGCAAAUGGAAUGUAUCUUGACGACAAUACACUUGGUUUGGUGUGUGAUGAAAUUAAACGCGAGCUAUAUACAGAAUCAAACGGUAUGGCCAGCACCUACAAGCAGCAUGUGGCAUGUGGUUUCCUGAUCAAAUUCUGGAGAGAGAUACAAAACAAGCUUAACCAUAACAAGAAAGAGGAUAUAAAUGGUCUUGUUUGGAAACCUUGCGAAGGUCAACAGUUGUUUCAAGCGCCAUCACCUGGACAACCAUCACAAGACGUUGUUGGACGCUGCAUUCCUUUGGUUGGUGCGCCUGCAAUUGUAACAGGACAGGCUCGGUUUCUGGAUGACAUGCCGCGAUUUGAAGAUGAGCUGUACGUUCAGCCAGUAUUCAGCACAAGAGCGCAUGCUCAAAUAUUGUCCAUAGACAAGAGCCUUGCCAUCGCAUCACCAGGUGUUGUAGACUUCUUAGAUGCAUCAUCAGUUCCAGGUGAAAAUAAGUGGGGGCUCAUUCUUCAGGACGAACCGUUGUUUGCUGAAAACGAAGUGUUUUGUGUCGGUCAGGUUAUAUGUGCAAUUGUAGCUUCAUCUGAACAGUACGCAAAGACGGCAGCAGACCUUGUGAAGAUCAUGUAUCUAGAUCUACCAUGCAUAAUCACAAAUGAGGACGCCGUUGCAGCCGGUUCCUUUUUUGACUAUUCCUCACACCCAAUAGACUGUGGAGACCCAGACAAACAUUUCCCAUAUUGUGACAUUGUGAAAGAGGGACAGGUGAGAUCGGGUUACCAAGAGCAUUUCUACCUAGAGCCGAGCGGAGCAGUUGUUGUACCGAAAAAUGAAUCAGGAGAAAUUGAAAUAUUUACCACAUCUCAAGCACCAACGUUCUGCCAGACGUCAGCUUCGCGGAUUCUUGGUAUACCAAGGAACAGAAUCGUCGUGCGACAGAAGAGACUUGGUGGCGGAUUUGGUGGAAGAGAGUAUCGCACCCCUCUGAUGUUUGGCUUUGCCGCGAUAGCAGCACACAGAUUGGGAAAACCAGUUCGUAUGAUCAUGGAUAGGACGACCGAUUUCAAAACCACCGGCAAACGUCAUCCAUUUUUGUCAAAAUAUAAGGUCGGUUUCCGGUGUGACGGCAAGCUGGAAGCUGUAUCUAUCCACUUCUAUAUCAACGCUGGGUAUACACUGGACGUAUCAGCCACGAUAUUGGAUAAUGCAUGUUUCAGCGUUGACGCAGCAUAUAAAACACCCGUGUUUUCCGUGUACGGGCACGUGUGUAAGACGAACACGCCCUCCAACACAUCCAUGAGAGCAUUCGGAGCUGCGGAAGCGGUUUUCGUCAUGGAAGCCAUCUUGUGUACUGUAGCGGACACAGUCAAACUUGAUCAGGAAUAUGUACGCCAACUUAAUAUGUACAAAGAAGGCAGUAUCACUCACUACAAACGGGAACUAGAAAAUUGUAUGUUGCAACGGUGUUGGCGAGAUUGUAUGACACAAAGCAAAUUCGAGGAAAGGAAGAAAGCAGUCACGCUUUACAAUAGCCAGAACAAGUUCAUGAAGAAAGGGAUUGCUGUGAUGCCACUGAAAUUUGGGGUUGGAUAUCCAGUCCGACAUUUAAAUCAGGGAGCUGCUUUGGUGAACAUCUACCUUGAUGGAUCUAUCACUAUAGCUCACGGAGGCGUGGAAAUGGGGCAAGGCCUUCACACAAAAAUGAUACAGGUAGCGUCCAGAGCUCUCGGGGUACCGAUGGAAAACAUUCAUGUCAGUGAGACAGGAACAAAUACAUGUCCAAAUACCACCUCAACAGCGGCCAGUGUAUCAUCAGAUCUGAACGGAGCGGCCAUUCUAGAUGCAUGUAAUAAGAUUAUGGAUAGGUUGCGACCAUACAAACAGAAGAUCCCGAAAGGACAAUGGAAGGAUUGGGUCAAUGCUGCUUACAUGGACAGAGUGGGUUUAUCUGCUACUGGCAUAGGAAGGUCUGGCAACCAGCACUGGGACUUUGAAAAGGGCGUUGGUAACCCUUCGCACUACUACACGUACGGGACGGCCUGUACUGAAGUGGAGAUCGACUGUUUAACAGGAGAACACCAGGUGCUAGACACAGAAAUCGUCAUUGAUAUAGGUAACAGUUUGAACCCAAGUAUUGACGUCGGGCAGAUUGAAGGCGGAUUUGUACAGGGAUAUGGAUGGGUAACAAUGGAAGAAUUAAAAUUCUCGUCUAAAGGUGAAACCCUUGCAUACGGUCCGGUCGAUUACAAACUUCCAGGUGUUCGGAACAUUCCUCGUCGCAUGAAAGUUUCCAUUCUCAAAGAUUGUCCCAACAUGGGUACCGUGUAUUCCUCAAAGGGUGUAGGCGAGCCUCCUCUUCUUCUGGCGAUAUCAGUUUAUUUGGCAUUGCGAAAAGCAAUCCAAGCUUGUAGGGCGGAUGCAGGACUUUCAGCUAAUUUUGAUCUUGAUAUUCCUUUAACUGCCGAAAACAUCCGAAUGGCUUGUCCAGUUAAACUUCCAACCGGCAAAGCUGCUUCGUAA